AAAAAGUAAUAUAUUUAAUGAGACCGAAUUUGGGAGAUUCCUGGGGGUAAACAUGAAAUAUGGUAUUCGACUGAAGGGUAAUUCAGUCAUUCUAUGUCUUCUGGUUCCACCUCUUCUCCUUCUUCCAUUUAUGCGUAUCCCACUCUGAUCGCCACAGAAAACCAAAAAAAGAAAAAAAAAAAAAUCCGGCCACCGUGGGUAUUUUCGUAAUUAUCUUGCGGAGAAGCCUCUCCAGGUUCCACAUAAACGUCGGAGACGGGGACGAUUUCGUAACCCAGAUCGCCGGCGGCGAAUCUCUGCCGAUGAAGUAACGUUCGCCGGAGUGAUUUCACGUGCUUUAACGAUGAAAACGAAUACCGGCGGCGGAGAUUUCUGCCGCCACGAAGCCCUGAAGUUUUCCUAUUUCUUCUUCCGACCGGAGGGGCCGCGCGAGUACGUAAUCCUCCUCACGCGCCUCGCGAUCCUCACGUGCCUCGUCGCCUCCGUCUCUCUGUUUCUCCACGCCGCCUUCUCUCCCUCCGCCGCCUCUUACUCCGCCUACCGCCUCCGCCUCCGCCUCCCCGCCGUGCCGCUAAAAUCUCCGGCGGUCAUCCCUCCCUCCGGAUCCGCCGGGGCUACCAACCUCUCUCACGUUCUCUUCGGCAUAGCCGGGGCGGCAGACACGUGGCUCGAUCGCAGCCAUUACACAUCCCUGUGGUGGCGGAAUUCCACCCGCGGCUUCGUCUGGCUCCACAAACCCACAUAAAUCUGUAUCCCCAAAAAAGGAACCGAUAACCGGUUCUCGAUCCCGGUUCGGGUCUCAGACUCUGGAUGGACUCGGUUUAGGUACUCGAGCUCGAGAGCUGCGGUUCGGAUAGCGCGGAUAAUCUGGGAUAGUUUCCGCUUGAAUCUGCCGGAUGUGCGGUGGUUCGUGAUGGGAGACGACGACACGGUCUUCUUCUCAGACAACCUCGUAGCGGUCCUGUCGAGGUACGACCACGAACAGAUGUGGUACAUCGGGGGAAACUCGGAGAGCGUCGAGCAGGACGUGAUGCACGCGUACAACAUGGCGUUUGGCGGCGGCGGAUUCGCGAUUAGCCGACCGCUCGCGGCGCGUUUGACAGACGCGCUCGACGGUUGCCUCGACCGUUACUUCUACUUCUACGGCUCCGAUCAGAGAAUCGCGGCCUGCGUUAACGAGUUGGGCGUUCCGUUCACCGAGGAACGCGGCUUCCACCAGCUUGAUAUAAGAGGAGACCCAUAUGGACUACUUGCUGCUCAUCCAAUGGCGCCACUUGUGUCGCUUCACCACCUUGGAAACAUGGAAUCCAUGUUCCCGAACCAGACACAGAUCGGAUCUUUGCAGACAUUGAUGAAAGCUUACCCCUUGGAUCCACCUCGGAUUCUUCAGCAGACUUUCUGUUACGACCAUAAGCGACGAUGGUCUAUUUCUGUCGCUUGGGGGUACUCUGUACAGAUCUACACCUAUGUUUUGUCUGCAAAUGACUUGGGGACGCCGUUGCAGACUUUCAAGACUUGGCGGAGUUGGGGGAACGGUCCUUUCACGUUUAAUACCCGACCCUUGAGAUCUGACCCGUGCGAGCGUCCCGUAACUUAUUUCCUGGACAAGGCGGAGGAAGUGCGGGAUAUCGGGACAAAGACUUGGUACAGCAUUGCCGAUAAGAGAUUUGGAGAUUGUCGGAAGGGCGGGUAUUCACAUGCGACCGCAGUGAGGAGGAUUAUGGUUUCUUCAAUGAAGAUGGAUCCCGAGUACUGGAACAAGGGGAAACGAAGGCAAUGUUGCGAGGUGAUGGAAGGAGAGGGAGGGAGGAAGGGACACGACAUGUCGAUACGGGUUAGAAAAUGCAGAUCUUCUGAGAAGAUCUCUCUGUAGAAUAUUUCACACAUUUUUCACAUAGGAUUUAUAUAUAUAUAUAUAUAUAGCCCUUGAAUUCGGAUCGAUCAAAGAGAGGAAGAACAACAAGACCAAGACCAAGAACAUGUCCGUACGUUGUCAGUGGGAAAACUUCCCACUUGUUGCAUGCUGUGAAGUCGACAGAUUCUAAAUCGGAGAUUGUGUGAAAUAAAUAAUAAGCAUCCACUUUUUUUUUUUACAAAAAAAAAUUAUUCCUCUCUAUGGAUGCGAUGCUGCUUUUUUUGACGGCGCCAAAAGUGGCUCCAAUGGCCUGUUUUCCUUUUCUUACA